AUGACGGAACAAUAUAUUAUUGAUUCAGAAAUUAUAGAGGAUGAUGUUGAUCGGCCAGUCUCUGUUUACAACCUAAAUGUUUGCUCCAAGGAAGACAUUGAUUUUAGACUCCAAGAUUGCUAAUUGAACGAGCCUGAUAUUUAAGAUUUAGAGUAAAAAAUGAAUAAUCUAAUUUAUAAUUCUUGUGGUUUUAAAAAAGGAUUGAUAAAACCUAAGAAAGAAGAAUAAUAACACUCGGUCAUAGUCUCAACAGACAAUAGAUCUAAGAAUGAAUUGCUAUCUUUUAAAAAGCCGACUUAACCUAUCCAAUAAUUAUCCGUAAUUUCCAAUGGGGAUCAAUCCUCAUUGUUUUCAAGAAAGGAAACAGUUCCAAAAAUUAAUUUUGUCGGCGAAAUGAAAGAGAGCUUGAAUCAAAAUACAACAGUAGAUUUGAGAAAAAAUCUAAAACUCCACACUCACGGACCAUUUGAUGUAACUAAAUUAAAAGAUGGUUUAUCUCCUGCUGUUAACAAUCGAUUUUCCUCCAAAAAGCAAUCCCAAUUCUCACAAAGAUCACAUGAAACCUUUAAUUCAUAUUUGGAGUUAUCUUAUAAUUAAACCUAACAGAUACCAUCAUAAAAUUCAAUCAAUUAUCAAGACACAAGAAAAGAGAGAUCGAAAAUUGCAAAGACAACUGUUAAAUUGCUACAAAACCAAAAAAAUUAGAAACUCAGAAUUUCAUAACAAGCCAACUCUCAAAGGACAUCUCAGCUAUCCUUAUUGCAAUUAGAAUAAGAUGGAGUCAGAGGUAGAUCAUAAAGUUCAGUUUCAACUCCAAAAAGUAUCUUAAAGAAUCCUUCACUACAAAACUCUCAGUUGGAAAUUGUAAGCAGAUUAAGUUUCUAAAGUAGGCUUAGUUUUUCAAGUCUAAACAUAACUGGCUAAUAAUCUCCUAAAAAAUAACAAACAAGCUCUUAAUCUCCUGCAAAAAAAGUUAAAUUUUGUUUAACUAAAAAGCAAGCAAGAAGAGAAAACAUUCCCUGUUGA